AUGGAAAUUUUCAUCCAGUUAGAUCUUCUUAGAUUUUGGCUAAAAUGGUAUACCCUAAAUGAUGAUGACAUUGAGAAUGAGCUGGAGCGAAUGUUUGGGCUACCUGAUAAUCCAGACGAAUCAGAAGAUAAGUACGAGAGCGAAGAUGGCGUAGAAAUCGAUCUAGAUGUACGUGCGAUGUCGGAGAAUCGCAAUAUUAUUAAAAAUCGAGAAUAUUAUAAAAGUCCAACAACUGGACCAUCAAGUCGCAGUCUUCAACUCUGCAAGAGUGUAUUAGAUGCUGCAUACGAGGGUCAUCCAGGUAUCGUAGCGAUGAAGGGACGCUUGAGAUCAAAGUUAUGGUGGCCCCGUAUCGAUAAAGACGUAGAACAAUUAGUAAAGGCCUGUAAAGGUUGUAAGAUAGUGGGUUUGCCAAACCCAACUGCACCAAUGAAGAGACGAGAGUUGCCUGCAGCUCCAUGCAUAGAUGUCACAAUGGAUCUAAUGGGACCAUUGCCAAGUAACGAGUAUCUGUUAGUAGUGGUCGACUACUAUAGUCGAUACAAAGAAGUAAACAAGUACAAAAACAUCACAAGCUUACAGAUUAUUAAAAUGGUAAAAGAAAUGUUCAGUAGACUUGGUUAUCCUAUUUCUAUCACCGCAGACAAUGGCAAGCAGUUCGUUAGUGAAGAGUUUCGAUUUUUCUGCAAAGAAUGUAACAUUUAG